AUGUCUUCCCAGAACAAAGUCGUUGUGCCAGCCCCAAGCGGCAAGCAGAGGCAAGAUAUUACGCCCCUACAGAAGGAUAGAAAUGCGCUGCCAAUCUCAAUCAUCCCAAAAAAGAACAACCCAUGUUCAGAAGCUCAAUUUACAUCCAUCUUACCAAAAACUAAGCAGCCAGUGGAAUUUAAUGCGUGGAACAUCAGCAAUGUUGUCUAUGUGUUAGGUCACGCAAAGAAGAAGGGACUGUCCUCUGCCCCUGGAAGUUUCCAGAAGAGACUCAAGACAAACGACAACGAGUUGUUGAGACUAGGUCAAACAGAAGAUCACAAUCACCCAGGCAUGCGGAGUGAGUUACGCGAGUUCAUGUCGGCAGUCGCGUCGACGCUACGAGAUAUCCAAGAGCGUCUAGAGGAGAAAGACUUCUGA